GUUCGGUGAGGGCUUAUCUCUGCACGUCUCUGUCUAUGUUCUGUAUAAUGCGUUUUAAGCCUUAAUACCAUUAAUAUAGAUAUCACUGUCAGAGAAUAAUUGGUGCAGAUGACAACCCAAAGACUGUUAAAUAAAUGCAUCUUUGUGAAGAAUCUCUUCUCCAAUCCCUGAUUCUCUUACCGGAAUCCUGUCCAUAUUUGGCCGCCUCAACCAGUGUAAUAUAGAGUUGUAGCGUGACUCUGCUGCAAAAGGUGGUCCUUCGAGCCGGAUUGAGAGCAGUAUUGAACCAAUAUGGACAAAGCACAAGGUGACGCAUCUGAGACAUCGUCCAGACCUCGACGCAAGAUGAAUCUGCCUACCCAUCUGGAUGAUUACGAUGUUGGCUACCAACCUGCAGGUGACCCUCCUCCAAAAGCUUCCUCUCACUGUCCUAGUCAGCCCCGAAGCAGCUCGAGGAAAACGUCUCACAGCGGUGUCAGCUUUCACUCCAGGACGAGUAGGCGUUCCAUUACUUCCGCGGGUGUCUAUGUCCCACCAGAGCUCUCUAGCGUCCAGACUGCUAUAUUGGAGGAGAAGAUUAAGCAGAGACAGUAUGACAGUCUACGGCAAGCCGUCACCUAGACCACCACAGUGGGCCCCACCUGCUACUUACUCUGCCAGUGCGCCCUUGAAUGCCACACUCAUCCCGGGACCACAAGCAUUCUCAUCGCCAAUCCCUGACACCACACCAUCUGCUCAUACCGCCAUUCCAGUAUAUUCUGUGUCAUCACAGUUGAAAGCAGCACCUCAGUCCUCAGCAGCGUUCACUAUGCCAACCUCUGCUGCAUACCCCAUGAGCAUCAGUAUGCAGCGCGUGACACAGCAGCCUACUGCAGCCACACUACCUACCCUUCGUUACGGGGUACAACAGAUGGCAACAACACCAGUGACAACAGUUCCAGGUCCGUCACAGCUCCCUGCCUCCAGCCACCAAGCGACGGCGACGACACCUCAUGUCCCUGAUUACGUUCAAGCAGCUUCGUCUCAGCUUCACUCAGCUGUCUACCCACCGCAUCCGAGUCCAGAGCUCCUGUUUGCUUCAGCCUAUGGCAUUCCACGACCUUCAUUACCAGUUUUCGAGAGCAGUGCUGAGAGUGACUUUCUCUAUUUAAGUUAGCAUUGGACAAUUUGUUGAGCAGUCACAAUCAUAUCAGUGAACAGUAUAAAUACCAUGUUCUCUUAAGCCAUUUGAAACUUUCCAGUGCUCAUCAGCUAG